UGCUCCAUGUCAGAUUCCAACACAACCGACUUCACCAACCCCUCCAUCUUCAUCCUUCUGGGCGUACCUGGCUUGGAGGCCGCCCAUCUCUGGAUCUCCAUCCCCUUCUGCACCAUGUACAUUGUAGCCAUCUUGGGGAACUUCACCAUCCUCUUCAUUGUGAAGAUGGAGCCGAGCCUCCAUGUGCCCAUGUACUAUUUCCUCUGCAUGCUGGCCGUCACCGACCUGGUCCUGACAACAACAACAAUUCCCAAAAUGCUGAGCAUCUUCUGGUUCAAUUGCAGAGAAAUCGAUUUCAGUGCCUGCCUCACCCAGCUGUACUUCAUUCAGUGUUUCUCGGUGAUGGAAUCAGGGAUCUUCGUGGCCAUGGCGUUGGAUCGCUACGUGGCCAUCUGCCUUCCCCUGAGACAUUCCACCAUCCUCUCAAAUCCUGUGAUGGGCAAGAUCAGCCUGGCUGUGGUGCUGCGCGGCAGCCUGCUCAUAGUGCCCUAUCCCUUCCUGGCAAGGCGCUGGCCGUAUUGCAGAACCAACAUGAUCCCCCACACGUACUGCGAGCACAUCGCCGUGGUGAAGCUGGCCUGCGCCGACAUCCGCAUCAGUAGUUACUACGCCCUCUUUGUGGCCUUCUUGGUGAUUGGUGUGGAUGUGUUCCUCAUCACCCUGUCCUAUAUUCAGAUCCUCAGGGCCAUCUUCAUCCUCCCCACCAAGGACGCCCGGCUCAAAACCUUUGGGACCUGUGGCUCCCACCUCUGUGUCAUCUUAGCCUUUUACAUCCCCGCUCUCUUCUCCUUCCUCACACAGCGUUUUGGCCAGAAUGUGCCCCUCCAUUUCCACAUUCUCUUUGCCAAUGUGUAUCUCCUGGUGCCUCCCAUGCUGAACCCCGUCAUCUAUGGGGUGAGAACCAGGCAGAUCCGAGACAGGCUGCUCCGUCCCCUUACUCAUCAAGGGACCUGA